AUGACAUCUGUUAAAGAUCUGCUAGUGAACUCACUGAAGGACCUGGUAAAAGAUGAACUGGAGGAGUUUCAGUGGCACUUAGAGAAAGAUCAUGUGUGUAUAUCAAAAUCUGACAUGAAGGAUGCAAAUAGGUUAAAAACAGUGGAUAAGAUGGUGGCAUGUUUUGGACCAGAAGAAGCUGUGAAGAUCACGGUGGACAUCCUGAGGAAAAUGAACCAGAAUGAUUUGGCUAAACAGUUGGAGAAUGAAUACAAGAAAGCUCAGGCUGAAGGCAAUACGAACACAUCUGUUCCUGUUGGAGCUGAUUCAGAGCUACAAAACUUCUUGAAAACUCACAAAAACAACAUGAAGAAGAAAGCUAAAUAUAUUUUUGAGGGCAACAACGAAAAUGAUGCAGAUCUCAAGACUGUUUACACAGAGCUGUUCAUCACAGAGGGAGAUAUGAAAGAUGUCAAUCACGAACAUGAGAUUCUGAAGAUUGAUGAUGCUUUCAGGAACAAAAAAACACAGGACAAACCAAUCAAAUGCAAUGAUAUAUUCACUGAACUGAGGAAAAACAAUGAGGAGAAGAUUGUGCUGACCAAGGGAGUCGCUGGCAUCGGAAAAACUGUCUCUGUGCACAAGUUCAUCCUGGACUGGGCUGAAGAAAACACCAAUCAGGAAAUAGAGUGUGUGUUCCUGCUUCCAUUCAGAGAGAUCAACGUGAUUAAAGAUAAAGAGGUCAAUCUCCAUGAGAUUCUGAUUAAAUUUUAUCCUGAUCUGUGCACAAGGUCAUCCUGGGCUGGGCUGAAGAAAACACCAAUCAGGAAAUAG